AUCAUCUUUCCAUUAUUAAUAUAACAAAACAAAUAGUUUCUUAACAAACCAUGUCUUCUCUAGUUUAUUCCAUGUACUCAAUGGUCCUUUUCAUCGUGAUGAUGAUGCUGAUGGUCGAAGCAUUACCUGUGGAACAAAAAGUACCAGCAGCAUGUCUUGGUUUCCGACUCACAUCGCCUGUGAAAACUGGUCUAACAUGGACGUACGGUCAAUGCUAUUCUGCUGAUUGGGAUGUAGGUGCCAGUCAAGUGACCACCAUCACCACGGUGCAAUUGAUCGAUGCCAAAUCCAAAAAGGUUAUUACCACUGAAGCCAAGAAUAUCCCUGCAUCUAAAGGUACUUCGGGUAAUUUCCCUCUAUUGAUGGGUGAUGAUGUCAAUCCAGGUAACUACUACUUCCAAAUCAAUGCAAAGACAAGCUCAUCCAAAACUUGUUCUGUCACUUCUGCUACCUUCAACGUCAUUGUCAAUCCUAAUUCUCCUCCUUCCACCCAUUGCGACUAAUAAAAGCAAAUGAUCAUCUUAAAUGUUGCCACCAUUUCAAUAAAAAGAAUUCCAUUUUAUUAUUAU